AAUUAAGGUGUGUUCUUGAAAUCCUUAUGUUGAAAAAUAAUUUUUUGUGGUAUAAAAAAUAUUGUUAAAGAAGAAUAUACAUACACAUGUAUUUCGAAUGUGACUAAAUAAUUUUUUUUUUGUGAUGAGAAAAUUAAUUUGAACAAAAAUAAGCUUAGGAAUUCUAGAAUAUAGAUAUUAAAAAAAAUCGACAUUAAUUACUUUUUGCAAAAUGUCAAUAUGACAGUGACAUGAAAGUGUGUGUUGUCAAAUCAACUCAGCAAAUAAGCACCAAUAAAAAAGUACUAGUAUAUUUUUUUAAUUAAUUUUGAUCAACUCCAAAUUUAUAAAUUAUUAAUUUUGAAAGUGUUAUAUUUUUAAAUUGUUGGAAAUUUAGUAAAUACUGAUGUAGCAGUCUAUAUUGAAAUUGUUUUAAAAAAUCAAAAACAACAACUCAAUGUUCCGAAAAACAUUACAAUAAAAUUUCUUAAAAAAAAAAUUUUUGUUUGUGAUCAAAAAAAAAAGAAAAAUAAGUAAAUUAAAUUGUGCGAAACAAUAAAAAACUUGCGUAACAACGAAAACACGAAUCUAUUUCUGUAAUUAUAUUUACAAAAAAUUUAAUAAUAAAAAAAAGAUCAAAACUAAACAAAAGAAUAUAUACGAAAUAUUUAUCUUAAAUGAAAUCAAAAAGUCUCAAAUCAAGUAACGGAGGAUCAUUUCGUACUACACAAUGGGAUCCAGUGUUAUUAAUCAGUCAAAUAAUUGCAAUGCAAUCUAUAUUGUAUUUUACAUUAGCCCUUCUUAUGUCUGUAAUGGAUGUUUUAGCGGGAGCAAAUCAUACAUUAGACAACAUACUCAAAUAUCAUGAAAUUCAUGUAUCAGAAUUACCUGGAAGAUUAGUAAUUCUUGCCUUCGUAAUUAAUGCUGGAAUUGGAGCUGUUGCUUUAUGGUACAUAGUACAACGAACAAAAUUAUGUCUGGAUUUUAGUUGUACCUAUCAUGGAAUACAUUUAAUAGCAUGUUGGUGGUAUAAUUCUGAGUUUCCAACAAAUUUCCCAUGGUGGUUAUUAAAUAUUGUUUGUGCAACCUUUAUGUGUGUUGCUGGAGAGUUUUUAUGUUUAAAAACAGAAUUAAAAGAAAUUCCAGUAGGUUAUUCAUCACUUAAUCAAAAAGCUGAUGUAUAAAAUAAGAAAAUAAAAUAUAAUUUUAUCUCAAAAAAAAAAUUUUUUUUUGUGUAAUGUUAAAAAACUACUCUUUUUCCUAAAUUAUUAUUAGACCUAUACGAGUAAUUUUUAUUUUUUAACAAAAAAUGUUAAGAAAACAAGUAUAAAAAUGUAAAUUUAGGGCGUGUACCAAAAUGCAGAUCUAAAAUCAAAUUGACUUAUACAGCAAUACUGUUUUAACUACUGAAUAAUUCAAUUUUUUUAAUUAAGUUAUUAAAAAAAUAUUGCUGAAUAAGUCAAUUUGAUAUUAGAUUUGCAGUUUGGUAAACGCCUUCAUAGAUUAAAAGAACGAAAAUUCUAAUUACUUACUUUUUUACAAUUUAUGUACGUAUUUUUAUUUUGAAAAAAAAAUAUGUUUUUUUUUCAUUUUUAUUUUAUUACAAAAUUUAUAAUAGAAAACGAAAUAUGAAAUUCCUUCCUUGAAAAUUUUUAUAAUAAUUGUAUGAUUGUAUGUCAGGUAUGUAAAAAAAACAAAGAGAUCAUUUAUGCACUUGUGUAAA